GCAUCCUCAACCCAAUUCGGAAGUGCCCAGAACCUCGACUUCACCGCGCUUUUUAUAUUGAAUUGUAUUGCACAUACAUUCACGGCACUGCCUCCCAAUCUACAUACCUACUUAGUAGGUAUUUACGUCUCCAUGAGCUGAACUGUAUUAAAUAUCUCUUCCCUCCCAUCUACGCCAUGCGCCUCCUCUCUAUUCUCCCCACCCUCCUCACCUUGCUCUCCCACCUCGUCUCCGCAGAACACACCUCUAAUUGGGCCGUCCUCGUCUCUACCUCCCGGUUCUGGUUCAACUACCGCCAUCUCGCCAAUGUCCUCUCCCUCUACCGUACGGUCAAAAGGCUCGGGAUUCCCGAUUCCCAGAUCAUCCUGAUGUUACCAGACGACAUGGCCUGCAACCCUCGCAACGCAUUUCCAGGAACGGUAUAUAACAACGCCGACCGCGCUCUAGACCUAUACGGCGACAACAUAGAAGUAGACUAUCGUGGCUACGAAGUGACUGUAGAGAGCUUCAUCCGACUCUUAACAGACCGGCUAGGUGACGACGUGCCCCGCAGCAAGCGACUGGGGUCUGAUGCAGGAAGCAACGUCCUUGUCUACAUGACCGGGCACGGCGGAGAUCAGUUCCUGAAAUUCCAGGACUCAGAGGAAAUAGGCGCGUGGGACUUGGCUGACGCUUUCGGGCAGAUGUGGGAAAAGAAACGAUACCGGGAAUUGCUCUUCAUGAUCGAUACCUGCCAAGCCAAUACCAUGUACACCCACUUCUACUCCCCCAACAUCAUCGCCACGGGUUCCAGCGCCCUCUCUCAGUCGUCCUACUCCCACCAUGCCGAUAGCGACGUGGGAGUCGCCGUCAUCGAUCGCUGGACAUACUAUAUUCUCGAGUUCCUGGAAACGCAGGUUACGAACCAGAACUCCAAGCGUACUCUAGGCGACCUCUUUGAUUCGUACGACGAGUCGAAGAUCCAUUCUCAGCCCGGCGUGCGGUGGGAUUUGUUCCCUGGCGGUGAAGCAGAAGGUAGACAGCGCAUAGUUAUGGAUUUUUUCGGCAAUGUGCAGAAUGUCGAUGUCGAAGGGAAUCACGGAAACGCAACGGCCGAUGCUAACUCGCUAAGGGAGGACCUCGUGGCCAUCGCCAAGUUAGUUGAGGAAUGGAGACUGCAAGAACCACAGAUACAUGCACAGUCCACUCCAGAAUCGGCAUCGAACAGCACCGGCGAGGGCGAAACGCGUCAAGAUAACACUGGCACGCCGUUCAAGAUCUCCCCUGCUGCCAUGAAAAUGGACGACUCGAAUAACUGGAGUAAUCAGCUUGUGGGAUUAUCUGUAUUAACGAGCCUGGGGGCGGUCUGGUUUGCUGGCUCUUUGCUUGGGAAACCAUAGCUGUGUUUUGAUAUUUUUUACGCUCUGAUUCAUUGUUUCCAUUUCACUUCUAAGUCUGUUUUACCAUCUAUACCUCUUCUUUUGCUCUUCCUCUCUCUCUAAAUUAGCUAGCGAGGGAAAAUUUGUAUAUAUAUAUUCUUCCUUUCUUGAAAGCUUUACGGAUUGGACUACUUCAUAGACAGACGCACAGUCUCCCUCCCUCCCCCCCCCAUCACUCUCUAUUGUAGUCUAUGCCUCUCUAUUACUUCAGCACACGUACAACCCCAAAAUGGUAAACGGGUAGCCGAAAGAAAACCCGAACAGCCAAAAUGUUUCAAGCACAUCAAUGGGUCAAAAAGAACACGGGUCAAAAUGUAAUCAUAGAAUAUAUACCAUGAAGGAAGACAAGAGGCAGUCAGCCGGGAGCAAACUGACCUCAUCGCAUCCGGGGGUACAGAUUGGGGUGAAAAUAGGGAAGGAACAACAUAAACACGAAGCGUGGGAAAAAGAAAAAAAAAAAAAAAAAAAAAAAAAAAAAACCAGAAGAAAGAUGAAGUACAUGAAAAAAAGAGGGAAAAAUCAACCAGUAUUCACAUGUAUUACUUUCCUUCAUAUGAAACAUUCUACUCCAUCUUUGUAACUAGACUAGGGGUGGGGUAGGGUAGGGAGAGGAUGAGGAAAAAAUGUGAAAAAAAGCAAAGGAACAAAUAGCAACAAAAUAGUCAUUAUAGGAAACGCCAUCCAGCAAUAACCCUCCAUACCCGCACAACGCUAUAUACAAGGUCUUUAUGCUUCACGACGACAAAAAAGGAGGGCGAAAUGGAUGAAAGGAAAGCGCGGGCCAUACUCCAAAAAAUAACCUAAUUGUAAAGAACGCGAAAAGGGGGCUCCAAAAGCAUGAAAUACGUGGAAAUGUCGUGAUAAGGGGAGGCAAGUAGUUUGCCAGUAGAGAGAAAUGGGAGAAUCAGG